ACGUCCUUCUCCCCGGGCAAUAUGGCGGCCGUGUUGUAGCCGCUCUGCUUGGCUGGAGCCGCUUUCACGUUGUAGGAGUAAAGAUUUACAGUCAGAAACAUGUCGGCCGUUCUUUUUUUGAAAACAUGUAUGAGAAGACUGCCGCCAAACGCAGCUGGGCAGGUCCUCGGCUGCUGCUAUCACACCGAGAGAGGAGUUUACGGCUACCGACCCAAGCAGCUCGGCGUGGAGAACACGUCACAGAGGGAGCGCAUCGCUGCACUCAACCAAGAUCACGGUCUCGCACGGCUGGUGGAGGCGUACAGAACGCAUGGACACAAGGCUGCUAAAAUUAACCCCUUACUGCCUCAGCAACCUGUUGUGGACAGCGUCCCAGAGAUAGAAAUGCUGGCUGCUGCCGUCAGAGGAACGCUCAACACCUCAGGCCUGCGUCACUUUGGGAAGGCUCAAGCCUCGGUGGAAGAGGUGCAGACCUACCUGGAACAGGUCUACUGUGGUCACCUGUCUGUGGAGACCAGCCAGCUGAGCAGUCUGGAGGAGAGGGAAUGGUUUGCUGACCGCUUCGAGGAGCUCAAGAGGGAAAGCUUCUCUCCUGAGGAGAAGAAGCUUCUGGCUAAGCUCAUGCUGGAGUCUCAGGAGUUUGACCACUUCCUGGCUACUAAGUUUGCUACCGUGAAGCGUUACGGAGGAGAAGGAGCAGAGAGCAUGAUGGGAUUUUUCUAUGAGCUCUUCCACCAGUCAGCCCACAAAGGAGUUACUGACAUCGUCAUCGGGAUGCCUCACAGAGGCCGACUGAACCUGCUCACCGGCCUGCUGAAGUUUCCACCAGAGCUUAUGUUCCGUAAGAUGCGCGGGCUCAGCGAGUUCCCUGACACCUCCCCCGCUAUCGGCGACGUUCUCUCUCAUCUCACCUCCUCGGUGGAGUUGGAUUUAGGAGCAGGGCACCCUCUUCACGUCACGAUGCUGCCUAACCCAUCACACCUGGAGGCCAUUAACCCCGUGGCUCAGGGUAAAACCAGAGCAAGGCAGCAGCUGAGGAAAGAGGGAGACUAUUCACCAGAGGAGAACGCCUACCCAGGAGACCAGGUCAUCUGUCUGCAGGUCCACGGUGACGGCUCUUUUACGGGUCAGGGGAUCGUUCCGGAAACGUUGACUCUGUCAAAUCUGCCUCACUACCGAGUGGGUGGCAGCAUCCACCUCAUCGUGAACAAUCAAGUGGGUUACACCACCCCGUCGGACAGAGGAAGGUCCUCGCUGUACUGCAGUGAUGUUGGCAAAAUGGUGAACUGUGCUGUGAUCCACGUCAACGGCGAUGAUGCAGAGGACGUGCUGCGGGCAGCUCGGCUGGCUGUGGACUAUCAACGGCAGUUCAGGAAAGACAUCAUCCUGGACCUCAUCUGCUACCGUCAGUGGGGUCACAACGAGCUGGAUGAACCUUUCUUCACCAACCCGGCCAUGUACAAGAUUAUUAGAUCCCGUCAGAGCGCCCCUGACUCCUACUCGGACCAGCUGAUCUCGGAGGGUCUGAUGACGGAGGCUGAGCGUGCAGAAAUCAAGUCCAGCUACUACAGCAUGCUAAAUGAAAAGCUGUCCGGCAUGACCCUGUACAGCCCUCCCCCCACCAACCUGCAGGGCCGCUGGGGGGAUCUGGUGGAACCUCGUGCCAGAGUCACCACCUGGGACACGGGCGUCCCUGCUCAGCUGCUGCAGUUCAUCGGAGCAAAGUCUGUGGACAUCCCUGAACAAAUCAGCUUACACAACCACCUCCUAAAAACCCACGUGCAGGCUCGGCUGCAAAAGUUGGAGGAGGGCACCAAGCUGGACUGGUCGACAGCAGAGGCCUUAGCUUUCGGCUCUCUGCUCUGCCAGGGGUUUAAUAUUCGAAUAAGCGGGCAGGACGUGGGGAGAGGCACGUUCAGCCAGCGACACGCCAUGGUUGUGUGUCAGGAAACCAACGACACCUACGUUCCUCUGAACCACAUCAGCCCCCAGCAGACGGGAUUCCUGGAGGUGUGCAAUAGCCCGCUGUCUGAGGAGGCGGUGCUUGGGUUUGAGUACGGGAUGAGCAUCGCUCAGCCGAAGCUGCUGCCCAUCUGGGAGGCUCAGUUUGGAGAUUUCUUCAACGGAGCUCAGAUCAUCUUUGAUACUUUCAUCUCUGGAGGUGAGGCCAAGUGGCUGCUUCAGUGUGGAAUGGUGAUCCUGCUGCCUCAUGGUUAUGAUGGAGCCGGACCAGAACACUCAUCCUGCCGUAUGGAGCGCUUCCUCCAGAUGUGUGACAGUAAAGAAGAGGGUGUGGACGGGGACAACGUUAACAUGGCGGUGGUGAACCCCACCACUCCCACUCAGUACUUCCACCUCCUAAGGAGACAGAUGAUCCGAAAUUUCCGCAAACCUCUUAUUGUGGUCGGACCCAAGACGCUGCUCAGGUUUUCUGGAGCCGUGUCCAGUCUGAGUGAACUGGGACCAGGGACGUCCUUCAGGCCAGUGUUGGGGGAUCCGUCUGUUCCUGCAGAGGGCGUCCAGAAGGUGGUGCUGUGCUCCGGGAAGCAUUACUACGCUCUGCUGAAACAGAGAGAGGCUUCAGCGGCCAACCAGAACACGGCGCUCAUCCGUGUGGAGGAGCUGUGUCCGUUUCCUCUUGAGGCUCUUCAGCAGGAGCUCAGAAAGUAUCCUAAAGCCAAAGAUUUUAUUUGGAGUCAGGAGGAACCUGAAAACAUGGGUCCCUGGUCUUUUGUGGCCCCCAGGUUCGAGAAGCAGCUGGCCUGCAAGCUCCGGUUAGUGAGUCGACCAGCGCUCCCCGCCCCAGCCGUCGGCAUCGGGACGCUUCAUCACCAGCAGCAGGAGGCCAUCCUCACAGCGACCUUUUCCUGAGACUCAACAGUUUUUAAACAAACUUAAGUAAAGCAGUGCUGCUCUAUAUUCAGGUCUGCUGCAGAACGGACAUGAGGCUUUGGUACAAUGUUCUGAAUCUACAGGGUCAGUAAUAAAUUGAGGAAUGUUUUCGAGAGAGUAAGGUUUAUAAUUUCUGAUGUUCUGAACUAGUUCAACAUGUUUAUUUUAGAGUUUAUGCAUUUUGAAAACAAUGUCUUAAUUUUUUCUUUGAAUUCACCUGUCUGAUGCGCCAGUUUUCAGUUUAAAGGUAGAUGCAUUAGAAUUAAGGUCUUAGUGAUCACAUUUACAUGAUGUUAGUAGGAACAUGCAGCUGUUUUUAAAGUUGGUGAUUGUAUUUGCAUUAAUGAACAAUAAUGGGAUCCCUGCUUCAGGAAUCCAAACCUUUCGGUCAUCUCAUGCAUAAAGGCUGCAGGAGGGCAAUUAUCAUUGUACUGUUGUCAUAGUUGAGCAUUAAACU